AUGUGCGAUUCACCUCGCGACACGCUCCCACUACCGGCCGAGAUAACGCGGCGGAUCCUAUUCUUUGUCUCAGAGCCAACCAUCACUUACGAUGGCCGUAAACGGACGUACAAGUACGACCGGCCGCGCAACCUCCACCACCCGCCCGGCGACAUCCAAAACGCCCGGCUCGUGUGCAAGACAUUCGCCGACCUGGGAGCAGAGUUCCUCUUCCAGAACCUGAUCAUCUCGGCAGACCACCGCCAGCUCGCGCACGUCAAGGAGAUCGCCGAGCACAAACGUCUCUGCAAGGCGGUGCGCAGCCUCUACUACGACAGCAGGACCUCGCACACCCUGUGGGCCCACGACGACUCCGACUCGAUCUCGGACUCGGAGGACGACCAAUGGGGCAUCAACAAAGGCCCGCACUACCGCCGCAAGCAAAAGCGCUACUACCACGAGCAAGAAGACAUCCUCGACCGCUCCCUCGACACCGAGUGCCUCCGCACCGCCCUCGCCACCACCCUGACGGCCGUGACCCGCGUGCGCUGCAAGCCGCGCGAGCGCUUCGACCAUCAUCACCGCGACCCUGGCGACGUCUCGUCGCCGACGCGCAACCACGCCGCCGCCAGCAACGACGGCCGCGACUCACGCCCGCUCUACCACCUCGCCGCCGCCAUGACGGGCGUGCCGGCGCACAACAUCCGCACCCUCUCCCUCGCCUUCGACGUCACCCUCCUCGCCGACGCCAAGCUCGCGCCCGCCCGCUUCGCCUCCCUGCGCGCCGCCCUGGCGCCCGUCACGAAUCUCACGCUCGCCAUCCGCGCCAGCGGCGACGACGAUGACUACGACGCGGGCGACGGCGACCUGUCGGCGGCGGCGGCCCGUUCAGACAGGUUCGCUCGAUACGCCGAGGCCUUCGGCACGCACAGCAGCACCGCCUCCCUCUGCCGCGCGCUGCUGGCCGACCCGGCGACGCUGGCCGCCCUCGCCGACGCCACGUCGCCCGCCCUGCACCGCUUCAAGCUCAACCUCAGCGCCGACGGCCGGCGGCGGUCCGGCUAUGCGGCGUUCCGCUACGACGACGCGCUGCCGCUGAGCUGCUACCUCGGCUCUGCCGCCGCUGCGAGCGAUGAUGGCGCGAGCACCAGCAGCAGGUGGCCGGCGCUGCGGUAUCUCUAUCUCGGCUGCGUGGGCGUGACGCAGGAUGAGCUGGUGCCGUUCCUGCUGGCGCGGAGGAAGACGCUGGCGUUUGUCGAGUUCGACCGCGUCACGCUGCACCGGGGCCAGUGGUGUGUGGUCGGCGCGGUGGUGCUGAAUGCGUGUCCGACGUGGCGGUGGGCGAAGAUGAGUGGGUUGAGGCAGGUCGAGAAGAGGAGGGAAGUUGUGGAUUUGCCGAUGGAGGUGGUGGAGGCGAUCCGGGAGGUGGAGGAGGAGGAAGAGGAAGAGGGGCGGUGGAGUGGGGAGAAGAGGGAGGGACCGAGGAGGGUUAGGUGGGAUGAGUGUUACUUUGCGGAGGAGGAUGGGAGUUCGACCCUCUUUGGUGGGGUGGAUCCGGAGGCAGAGGGGCCUGGGUAUGGGAAUCCGGUGUGA